GCGAAGGGGGCGGAGUCAGUGGUUGGCAGAAACUCUUCCCCUAUCUCUCGCUCGCUGGUCUCUGAGCGGUGACGUAACAUAAUAAGGCUGGGCCACGCACGUGACGUCAUCGUACUCUACAUCCCCACGUAGAAAGUUUGGAGCUGGCUUGAGACGUCACCGCCGACAGCAACAUCCUCAUCGUGGGCAGCAGGAGCAGGAGGAUGCAGCCGCCGGGCCCCGCUGUACACCCGCAUAGCAACAGCCCCGGGGACUUCACCUUCGUGUCUUCCACCGAGGCGGACGAUCUUAGUGGCUCUAUAGCGGCUCCUGAUGUAAAAUUAAAUCUCGGUGGGGACUUUACAAAAGAAUCAACAGCCACCACAUUUUUGCGUCAGAGGGGUUAUGGAUGGCUGCUAGAAGUAGAAGAACAUGAUCCCGAAGACAAUAAACCUCUUUUGGAGGAGUUGGACAUUGAUCUUAAGGAUAUUUACUACAAAAUACGCUGUGUUCUGAUGCCAAUGCCAUCCCUUGGGUUCAACAGACAAGUAGUACGAGACAACCCUGAUUUCUGGGGACCACUAGCCGUUGUCCUAUUCUUUUCAAUGAUCUCUCUGUAUGGGCAGUUUAGAGUUGUGUCCUGGAUCAUAACAAUUUGGAUAUUUGGGUCACUGACCGUCUUCCUACUCGCAAGGGUACUUGGUGGAGAUGUGGCUUAUGGGCAGGUUCUUGGUGUUAUAGGGUACUCCCUGCUUCCAUUAAUUGUGAUUGCGCCUGCACUACUAGUGGUUCGACCCUUUGAAAUUGUUUCCACAAUAAUAAAGCUCUUUGGUGUGUUCUGGGCUGCCUACAGUGCUGCAUCUUUAUUAGUUGGAGAAGAAUUCAAGACAAAGAAGCCCCUUCUAAUUUACCCAAUCUUUUUAUUGUACAUUUAUUUUUUAUCUUUGUACACUGGAGUGUGAUGGUGUUUCUCAAAUGCUCUGGUCAUUUGGUAAAGUGUAAUGCUGGACGGGUCGGUGAGAGGCGACUCUUAUCAUAGAGCUCCUUUCCAAAUUAUUGGUGUGUAUUAACGCCUAUCUGUAUAUUACCCCUCAUGCUCUGUCCAAGGGGCUUACUCUAUAUGGCAAUAUGGGGCAGGCCCAUCUGGCAGGGAAGGGAUCAAAGUAAUUUAAAGCUCUAAUGUUUUUUUUUUUUUUUUGUUUUUUUUUAAUGAAAAAAAAACCAAACCACAUUUAUUUUUGUCUUCAGUUUAAAUUAAUUGAAUACCUUCCAAGAAAGAUGCAUUUAAUGGAUCUGUUUUUCAUAUGGCUGGUGGAUUGAUACUUCACCUGGUGUUGUAUAUGCACUAUAUAUAUAUAUAUAUAUAUAUAUAUAUAUAUAUAUAUAUAUAUAUAUAUAGAUAUAUAGAGAUAUAUAUAUAUAUAUAUAUACAGCCAAUGACUGUUAGCAGAAAUGAGACCAUUACAUUGGUUCUAUAUGUCUGUGCAUAGAAGCCUACUUGUUGGAAUUGAUUUAAAUUGCACAGACAGGCCUAUUUGGUUUGAAUAGUAAUAUAUAGACACGUGCUGUCUGUCUUCACCCCUAGUACCAAACUUAAAAGUAACUAGUAUUCUUUAUGGGAUGAUACACUUACAUGGUAUUUUACUAUGUCCCCCCCCCCCCCCCCCCCACACACACACACCCCUUUAUCAUGUGAGGGUUCUUUUAUCACCCUUGAAAUGUACAGUAUAUGAAUUGUUCAGUUUUAGAUGUUUUUAUUUUAACAAAAUGUGUCAAAUUCUACAGUCUUAAUGAGAAGGCUAUUUCUAUUCUAUUUUAGGAAUAAUUUCAGAAAGGAGUUGUCCCACUUAAAUUCUGUUUAAACAAGAAAUAUGUAGAACCUCUGUAAAUGUUGGAGUGUCCAGAUUUUUCAGCUUGGGGAUGUGCCAUUCACUUGUGCUGGACGAAACAAAUUCUUGAGGAGUAGUUGCUGAACUAUGCAUGGUUAGAGUACCAGCAAAUUCUAGGUCAAGUAAGAUUCAAUCAUGCGAGAUUAGUAAGGGGCUACCAAAUACAUAGAAAUCUGUGCUCAAGUGCCUUGAUUUGGUCAUAUUGGGAUUACUUCUUCAUUGAAAAUAACCUCCAAAUUUCGCUUUUCUGAGCACCUUAAAAAAACAUACAUAGGUAUGAGGUCUGUUAUCCACCUUGGGUUUCCAGUUAAGGUGGCUUUCUUUAGUUUGGAGCUCCAUGGUUAAAAUGUGCUUGGCCACCGUUAUAAAGGACCCCUGUAUAUUCCUACCUUGCCUUACCAUUCCCCUUCUUUAUAAAAUAAUCAGCUACACUCCUCAUAGUAUCUAGGAACAAAGUUUUUGUAAUUUAAACCAGAGAACAGCAGCACAGUACAUUAUUUUUUAAUUUUUUUUUUUUAAUUAAAGAUUUGUAUAUAUAUUCUGUAAAUACAUGUGUGUGUGUGUGUGUGUGUGUGUGUGUGUGUGUGUGUGUACCAGGUUUCUAGAUAAGAGAUCAUAUACCUGAACGGGAUGCUGUCAAUUUACCUACAAUCAAAAUUUCGACGGUCAAAACACCGACAUUUAAAAUGCCGACGUAAAGAAGUCGACAUGAGUUUUACAUGAUUUUUUCAUCUAAACCGACUUGUUCAUACUUUACCAUCCCAGUCGACCUGGAGGGGGAAUAUAAUAGUGUGCCCGAAGCAUGGCGAGCACAGCAGUACACUUAUAUAGUGUCUAUGUCAUCAUACACACCAAAAACAAAUAUGGAAAACAUGUCGACUUUUUGACCUGUCGACAUUUUAAAUGAUGGUAUUUUGUCUGUGUUGACAUUUUAAAUGUCUGUAUUUUGACCUUGUUUGUAUUUUGACCAUCGGUCAAUUGCUGUCUGUAUUUUGACCGCCGGGAUUUUGAUUGUAGGUAUUUCAUACUGAUCCCACCUGAACUUGUGCAUGUCUUUCAUUUGGCACCGAUAAGUGGAUCAUCAUUCUUCAGCAGUGGAAGUUGUUGAUAGUUCUAUGUUUGUCACGGAGAUCAGAAGUCUCCUGUAGUGCUUUACACUUUCCAAAAAUGGAGUCUCUAAUAUUCAGUCAUUUACAUUUUUCCAUGUUAAUACUAUUGAUUUUCUCUCAAACAUAAAGUUGGCCUUUCUCCUAUCAUAAUAAAUCUUACAGUGCUGCUGUGACCAAAAAAACAGACCUUAUAAUUACCUUUUAAAUUCAUGUUCAAUGUGUGGGGGACGGUGUAUUCUUUGAUGGUUAAAGAUGAGAUUAUUUUUUUUUUUUUUUUUUUAGUAUUCAAGCUAUUCUGUAGAUAUGGUAAAUAAAUAUUUAUGAAUUCGAUGGAUCUCCACCAAUGUAACAGUUUUGAUGUGAUGCCCAUCAUUUCUUUAAUUCUGCUGUUACAUAUGGAACUUUUUUAUAGAUUUGCUGUAAUUUCUGAUUCAAUGCAAAACAAAUAAACUGCAGAGAAUAAA